CAAUCCCUCUGCAGCAUUCAUAAAGAUGGCUGACAAGUUCAGAGUGUCAGUGAAACUCGCUGAGGACUUCUGUACCAUUGAAGAAUCAGCACAUGGCAGUGGAGCAGAUGGGCACACAGCUCUAGUGCCUCCUGUUAGAGCAGAAAGGAAAGUCAACCUUGUGAAGAUGAUGAAGAUCUUUGGUGUUCUCCUAGUGGUCGGCCUCGUAUCCCUUUCUGUUUACUAUUUCAUAAAAUUAAAUCACAAGGAGCAAGAGUUGGAAGAGUUAAGAAAUCCAAAUUACAUCUUGACCAGUAAGUACAGUGCUCUGUCUGAGGAUCAAGCUACCCUGCAGUCCGAAUACAAAAGAAGCAACAGUGGACUACAGAAAAGUCGAGAUAUGCUGAAGUCUGAAAGGAAAAAGUUCAGAGCUCUGCAGUCAAAGUACGUAACUCUGAAUGAGAAACAUGAUGAACUGACCAAAGGGUUUAGUAAUCUGAAAGAAACACUUGAUAACGUAACUUCUGAAUGUGUCAGAAACUACAGUGAUCUUCAUGACAGCCGAGAUACUUUACAGCUUGAAUGCAACAGAAACAAUAGUGAAUUGCAAGAAAGACUCUUUAAUGUAAGUUCUGAAUGUGUCAGAAACUACAGUGAUCUUCAUGACAGCCAAGAUACCCUGCAGUCUCAGUACACAACUCUGAAUAAGAAACAUGAUAAACUGACCAAACAGUACAUUAAUCUGCAGGAGAGAUUUGUUAACGCAAGUUAUGAAUUAAUAAGUGACAACACUGAUCUACAAGAAAGCCGA